AGUUUCACCUGAGACCUUCGGCGACUGGUUGCGUCACCAGUGGGCGGAGCGAAAGCCCCUCGGCGUAAAGUCGCGCGACCUCACGUCUCUGUUUUCCCUGGCAAACGAAACCAGGUCGACACCUACCGGACCUGGUUCUCUGCUCAGGGCGAGGCAGACUGGAACCAAGCCUGCUCACACUACAGCUCCACCGGGGAAGGAAACCGUCGUCAAAUCUCUGCUGCAUGGGACGCUGUGAUCAGCUGAUCACCGGGACGAGACGCGAGCGAUAGAGCUCGACGCGACGACGGACGACGGCGAAGGGCGGAAAACGGAACCGAACAGCAAUCAACGCAACGAACAGAGGAAUCGGCCGGGUUCAGAUCCAGCUCUGCUUCCUCCAACAACCAUGGAAGAACAGAAAAUGAAACAAAGAGGAAGGCGACGCUCAAGGCAGUAUCUCUGUCAGCAAUGUGGUCAAUCUUUCACCAGGCCAUCAGAGUUGACGAAUCAUCAGAAGGUUCACUCUGGACAGAAACCCCACAGCUGUGACCAGUGUGGGAAAAUAUUCAUUGCAAGAAGUAUCCUAAAGACCCAUCAGCAAGUUCAUACAGGAGAAAGACCAUACACCUGCAUGGAAUGUGGAGCAGCUUAUAAAAGGUCAGAUGCUUUGAAAGUCCACUGUUGUGUUCACACUGGAGAGAAUCCUCACUGUUGUGAACACUGUGGAAAAGCGUUCUCUCGACACAGUCAAUUACUGAUUCACCAACGUGUUCACACAGGAGAGAAACCUCACUCAUGUGAUGAGUGUGGAAAAGCAUUUACUUGCAUAAGUCAUUUAAUGAGACACCAACAUAGUCAUACUGGAGAGAAGCCUCACACGUGUGAACAAUGUGGAAAAAUGUUCUCUCAACACAGACAGUUACUGAUUCACCAACGUGCUCACACUGGAGAGAAGCCCCACUCUUGUGAACAGUGUGGAAAAGCAUUCUCUCAUCGCAAUAGCUUAGUGAUACACAAACGUUUUCACACUGGAGAGAAGCCCCACUCAUGUGAACAGUGUGGAAAAGCAUUCUCUCGUUGCAGUAACUUAGUGAUUCACCAACGUGUUCACACUGGAGAGAAGCCUCAUAUUUGUGAACAAUGUGGAAAAGCGUUCUCUCAACGCAGUCAAUUACUGAUUCACCAACGUGCUCACACUGGAGAGAAGCCCCACUCAUGUGAACAGUGUGGAAAAGCAUUCUCUCGUCGCAGUAGCUUAGUGAGUCACCAACGUCUUCACACUGGAGAGAAACCUUACUGGUGUGAACACUGUGGAAAAGUGUUUUCUCAUCACAGUAGCUUAGUGACUCACCAACGUCUUCACACUGGAGAGAAACCUUACUGGUGUGAACACUGUGGAAAAGUGUUUUCUCAUCGCAGUGCCUUAGUGAAACACCAAAAUGUUCACACUACACAGAAAAUUCCCAUCCUCUCCUGAGCUUCUGCAGUCACCAAAAACAACAGCAGUCUGUGGCUCCAAAACCUGCAGCUGCUUUGGCUUAAUGGAAUCCUGGCUGCCUACAUAUUCAUGACAUCAGAGCAAGUCAGGAUGUGGACAGAAAACUAUCUAUAGAUGUGAUUAUACCUUAUUCAUGUUUUCCUCAUAAUAUUUGAAAGUAUUUACAGCUUGUUUUAUAGGGGCUUAAUGUUUUACAUACACUAUUGAGGUGAUUUUCCUAUAACUGUUUAAAGAUAGGUUACAAUUUUUUUUAACACGUAUGUUGUGUGUGUAUUGGUAUAUGGGUAAAAUUGAGUGUUACAGGACACGAGUCAGUACAUGUUAAUCUUAAGAGAUAAAGUGAGCAUGACAUAAGCAGAGGAUGUGUAUAAAAACACUUCAGUAGGUUUUCUGAAGUUAGAAAAACUGACAGGGGACACUGUCAGUCUUGUUUUCUGUUCUUCUUGUGAGCCUCCAUUUGUAUUUCAAAGGUCAAAUCAAUCAUCUAUAUAGUUAAAGUGCACAAUUUCUGUUUACAACAACAGUUUGCAGCAACAGAGAGAAGCUGCUAUAAGAUGGAGAUGAUGGAAGAUGCAGAUUGACACAAUCACAUGAACUUAGUCCAAUGAUUCAAAGUGCAGAAAUGGACUAAAACAGAAAAUGGACUCAUUGAUGUUUGUCCUGACGAACAGCUCAUCAGAACAUCCACUUAUGAUGAUAGUGUAGCAGAGAGUGUUUACAUGAGCACAGAAUUUCUAAACAAAUGACAAUAAAACCAGAAAAUACAUUAAUGCAGGUCCAAUUACCCAAUAACAAUAAAUAACAAUGAGUCAGAUUUGUUUGACUAGUUCAAAUAAAAUUAGGACCAGGAAUCAUUUUACUACAUCAGAAACAACAAGCAUCUGAUAUCAGGUCUAUAUAGUAAACACACAAAGUGGAGUGAUAGAGUCAUUACCUUGCUUGUCUUACACGGUUAUCAUAUUGUUGGACUAAAUAGUUGGAGCUGUUAUCUUCAGCUUGCAUGUUCCUUAUACAUGCAAUUCAUCUCAUUGGUUGUCUCUGCCUGUUCCUCCCUGUAUCUGGCUCCAAUCUGACUCCCAAAAACAAGGCCGUCUCUCGACAUUUAUUGCUCCCUCUCAGACAGUUAGAAACGGACCAAAAGUCAGGAGCAACUUAGGCAUUCUGUGAUCUUUGCAUUUUACCUUUGUGGUGUAUGUUUUGAUCUCUCCAUAUGGUUUUUGAUUUAUUGAUUGUGCAUAUCAGUGUUUUAAUUUGCUUUGCCAUUAUUAUUUUUCUUAUUAUAAUAAAUGACAGAAAGGACAACUCUCUCAUCAGCUUCUUUCUUGGAAAUUUCCACAACACUGGUCAAACUGGUUACCUGUUAAAGUUGCUCAUUCAGUCACGUCCCUCUUUAUGUUCUUCUACAGUCAGACACACCUCUUAACUUUCCCUUUCUGGAAUGGUUGACUCCGUCAAGGGGUUUAUACCACACCUUUCCAUUACUUUGAUGCAACUGAUCAUCAGGCACUACCCCAGCAUGUCCUUGCGGCUUCAUGUCAUGUAGGAAUGUUAUAUAUUCCUCCAUAAAACUGACAAUCAUAACAAAUUUCCUUUUCAAGCUCUGAAGACAUUGAUCUGCAACACAUCAUGGUAUCUGUUUGGCUGAAAUGUGAGUCCAUAUGAUAAUGACCAAAUAAUACUGUUGUACUACUUGCAAUAUUCAUGAACUGAAUGUCUUGUCUUGGCAUUCAGGUAAUUGGCUGUGGUAACUACUAGAUAGUGAUGAUUAGAUGCCACAAUCAGAUGUGAUGCUGCAUUUUUGCCAGACCUGCUAGUUUCCUCUAUUGGUCUAGGCAGAGAUGGGAACAUGGUAGGGAAGCCAUCAAAUAGUUCCACAUACACAGUGUUUAGCCGUCUUUCUGCCAUCUACCUGAAUAUUGCCAGCACAGCCAAAGCUACUGCAUACACGGGUGUAGUCAAAUGAUGAGAACUGUGACAUGUGAAACAGCAUUAGACAUUAAAACCUGUGUUUGUUCAGCUGUCAAAUUAAAUGUUUUUUGAAUAA